AUGGUUGACAAGGCGAUAAACUCGGUCAAGAAAUCGCUACUGGCUCAACAGAAUUCGAUUGGAACGGGCUCGGAUUCGGCUAAAACUAAUGAUUCACUGACUGUUUCUACUCGUACUAAAGUUGAACCGUAAGUUUUAUAUGUUUUUAUACGGAUUUUUGGCUUUUAGGCAUAGAAAACGACUAAAAAAAUGGAUAAGAUCUCGUGUUGGAAGGGCUUUAUCGAAAAACUUUAAAACUUGGAAUUUCAAUACUUAAUACAAUAUAAAGUUAUGUAUAAAAUAAGGGUAAAAAGGUAUUUUUGAUGCUUAAUUAGAAUGUUAGUAUUUUAUUGAAUGUUCACAGUCGUAUUUUGAAAAAUUGCUUGAGUAUACCUACAAUAAUAUAAGAGAUCAGUUCUUGUUUAAAUUGCUAUGUUUCGGGCCUGUCUUUGAAGUAAGUUAGUGUAAAAAAGAUUGAGUCUGGUUAUUGAACUAGGUUUUUGCAUUUUAUUAGAGGGUUUACACAAAAACAACAAUUUAUAUUAUUCAUGAUAUAAAAAUUUUAAUGUCAUUUUUUGGUGGUAUAUGUUAAUUUAGCUUUAUUUUUGCAUUGUUUAGUUAAAUAUAGAUCAAUUGUGGUUUUCAGAAUCUUAAGUAACUUUUUUAUUUUAGAGUUUAUGUAUACGACCUGCCAUGGGCUCCACUUCGAGUUCUACCCAACCCGACCUUGGAUUUCAAUGUUCUGCCAGCCAAGUACUCAGCUCAAAGUCUUUUGGUCGAAUUAUUCAACAUAUUUGAAAAGAAGCUGAUUAUAGCAUGUAACGACAAUGAUAACCUGAUAAACAAGACUCUUCGUCGUGUUGACGACCCAUACUUGGACAAUCUUUUGAGGACAUUGGGAAGUGUUUGUGAAGUUUGUCUACUGCCAGUGUUGAGUGCGUUGAUUCGGUGGCAUGAAGCUCAACAAAAAGUGCCAAUAAAUGAGAAUGGCGAGGCUCAGGAGAAGGCGAUGAAGCGAACGUUGGGAGCCAGCUAUUUGUAUUGUAUCGCUCUUAUUGAGAUUUUGCCUCAGCUGAUCUUUUACAAGCCUGAGGAAUGUGAUCAACUGGUUAAUCAUAUAUUAAACACGGCUUUCAAACAGGCUUCUUACAGAGAUCCGUAUGUUUUAUUUUUGUUUUUGGUUUUUAGGUAACACAUGGACAAGAACUACCGGUUUUAUUAAACGUUAGGCGGAGCAUGAGCUAUAUCGAUGUAAAAGUAGAUUAUCUUGUUAAUUUUGGGAUAGGAAUUGUAUUAAUGAGGUUUAAAAUUAUUUUUUCAAUCUAAAAUAAUUUAAAAACUUUGUUGUAGAGACAAAUUUGGAGCGAAUAUCAAGAAUUCCCUGGUCGUGGCCGAGAUUUUUGGUGAAGUUAUUGGUGUGUUCUCUCAAACUCACUUCACAUUGGUUCACAAACUCUUCAGUCAGAACCUAGAAGCAUUGAGGAAAGAAACUCCGUUCACGAAUUUGACAGUUCAAAAAAUAAUUGCACUUUUAAUGGCAAUGAAGUUCUUCCGGAUCAAAACGAAUCAAAUCGAGGAAUUCGAACUUGGAGUCAAGUUUUUGAAUGAAAUCGGAUCGUAUUACUUGGAAGUGGAUGCUAAACAAAAGGAAUUGAAACAUUCAUUGGCUGGCUUGUUGGUGGAGAUACUUUUGCCGGUUGCUGGGGUAGGUUUUUGUGGGUUUAGGGAAUGGGGAUGGAGAAAAGUUGUGGUUCAAUGGAUUAGAUAGCUAAGUUUUGAUGUUUUAUUGACUUUUCUGUCAUUUUUUAAAAUAACAACUAAAAAACAUAAAAAGUUGUAAAUGAAAGCUAAAGAAAAGUAUUGAAAUUACAAAGAUCAAUUUGAACUGUAACCAUCUAAACUUUUCACCACAAAAACCACGUCUUUUUCUUUUCCAGGACAUCAAAACAGAAGCCAAUGUGCCAUCUUUAAUCGCAUUCGUCGACAAAAUGUACGGACCAACAAUGGAGCUGAUUAAUAAGAAACAACACAGAAUGACAGCCUAUCCAUUACUAACCUGUUUACUAUGUAUUAGUCAAAACAAGUUCUUCUUGAGCAAUUGGGUACACUUUCUCACACCAACAUUGGGCAAUUUGAAGAACAAGGACCCGAAGACGGCUAGGGUGGCGUUGGAGAGUUUGUAUCGGCUUUUAUGGUAAGUUAGGAGGACAGUGUUAUAGAAAGCUUCAAAAAAAUUGAAAACAGUUGAUUAAUAACUAAAAAUGAAAACUUUAGGGUGUACUCAAUCAGAAUCAACUGUGAAGGCAAUUCAGCAACGAGAAGUCGACUGGAAUCAGUAUGCUUUUCACUGUUUCCGAAAGGCAGCCGAAAUGUCAUACCAAGAGAGUCUCCAGUCAUUAUUUUUGUAAAAAUUAUUCACUUCAUCGCUUAUCAAAAGCUGGACUUUGCUUUUAAGGUAAGUUGAAGAGGAGGGUUAUGUUUUGACAUAUUUUUGCACAAUUUGUAUUUUUUACAGGUUUUCGUGGUGGGACCUCAAAAACUGAAAUGUUACCUAAAAAUGGAUUUUUUUGAAAUUUAGAUGGAUUUUAUUAUAGAAAAAUGUGAAAUUACGGAUUUAAAAUUAAUUUACAGGUUUUCGUGGUAGAACCUUCAAAGUCAAGUAUUACCUAAAAUACAUUUUUUUUUGAAAUUUUAAGGGGGUUUUAAUAUGAAACAAUGUAAAAUUAAGGAUUCAAGAAUUAAAAGGUUUAAAAAUUCUAAUUUUUUAGGAAAUCAUUUUCGAUCUACUUGGAGUAAACCGCCUAUCAUCAAGGUCAAUAUCAAUAUACCCAGAAAGAAUGAAUAUAGGCUUGCGAGCUUUAAUGGUAAUCACAGACGGUUUACAACAAAAAGAUGGACCUCCAGGAAUGCCAAGAGCCACAGGACCAGUACCAGCAUCAGGCACGAUCCAACGAAUCAAGAAAACUUACAUCACCAGACCUCUAACUCCAGAUAUCGCUCGUUCAAUAGGUCUAGAUCAAUAUUAUUAUCCAUGCCGAAAGGCUUUUGAUGUCAUUUUAAAAACGUUGGACUUACAAAUUGGGCGACCGUUUUUGCUAACAUCGACCAGGGGCAAAGAUACGGUCGAUUUUCAGACCGGCGAGAUGAAACCGAAAAUGGACUUGUUCAGAACAUGCAUCGCGGCCAUACCUCGACUACUACCAGACCCAAUGACACCACAAGAACUCAUCGAGCUACUAACCAGAAUCAGUAUUCACAUUGACGAUGAUCUACGCACCACAGCCUUCCAAACCCUACAACAUUUAGUAGCAGAGUCUCCAGAUUGGCGUGAAGAUAUCAUCAAUGCUCAGUUAAAGUUUAUCACUACGGAUAUACAAGACACUUUUCCUACUUUAAUCGAAACGACAGUACGGUACCUUCUACAGCUGUUAUGUACGUGGAAAUCGGCUGUUCUGGUUGAGAAAAAGAAUCAGGAUUCUACGCAGAAAACGGCCGAACCAACGGUUUCUCCGUUCACUAAUAGAGGCAAUGUCAAGAGACAACCUACUUCUUCACAAACCACCGUGACUUCCUCGUCGAUUGCUGAUUCUACUCAUUCUCCGGAUGAACAGCAGGUAGGGUUUUAAUCGAUUUUUAAAAGGCGUUUUACACUGUCAUUUUUAAUUGGAAGUCAUGAUUUCUCAUAUUGUUUUAGAAGAAUUAAAUUGACUGCACGGUGCAAAAAAAAUUUUUAAUUUUGAUUUUUUUUGUCAUUACAGGGAGCCCCAUCAACCGUAAGCAACUGCUCAGACCUUGGCAGCCCUUACAAUCGAAUCCACGCCCUAAAUCACUCAUUAGUCGUGGCCAACCCAACAGCCACAGCCAUUCACAAUGUAGAAGGAUUCGCUUUAGUACUACUAUGUCAACUCAGAACUCAAUCAAAGAAAAUGGCAAUCCAACUACUGAAAGAGUGCCGACAUCUACUUCAAAUUGUAAAUCUUGAAGUUCACGACAAUCCCAUGAUCAAUGUACUGGAUGACAGCACAUCAUACGUACUGAACAAGUACUUUGAUUACGUACCAUUGAAUGAACGACAAUCCUGGGGCACGGACUUUAUAUCAGCAUGUGACAGGCUAUCAACGUUGGAAACGGACACGUAUUUGGUCAAUUCGGAUAAAGGAAACGAGUAUUUCAAAUGGGAUGCGUGGGCUUCGGCUUUGAGUGGAUAUUGUGAAUAUCAUCUGAUACCUAGCAAGUGUCCAACGGCUGUAAGUUGUUGAAAAUGCUUACUUUAGGACUUAGUUUUGGUUAGUAAAAGAUAUUGGUUUACAUUAUCAGCCAAAAUUAACGUAUUUUUGAAAAACCAAGUUUUCGUGGCGGGACCCAAAACAUACAAAUUUGCUUUUGAACGUUAAAAAACGUUUAAAACUGAAACUUUUAUCAUCUUUAAGGAUAUACUUUGUUACCUGUAGUCAUAUUUGGGAUGUUUUUGGAAUUUAAUGUUUUUCGUGGUGGGACCAAAAAUUGCAAUUUUUUAAAUAUGAAUUUUGCCUUGGAAAAAUUUUAAACACAAAUUGAAAGUACUAAUAAAAAUUAAAAUAAACAUUAUUUUAGGUAGCAUUUGCCUGGCCAGCCUUAUUCGGCCGUUUCAAUCAUUGUUCUCAAUUCGUUGAUCCGUCAAAUUACGAAACCAGAGCCUCCUUAUUAAGGUCAUCUAAAUCCAAAGCUACAGCCGCUUCAAUGUGUGGAGAAACGAUUGGACAGGAAAGCUAUCUAAAUUUGUGGCAAAAGUACUUGGUUUUAUGUUGUGCACUAUGCCCUCCGGCGCAUUCGGCUUCGAACCCGAGAAGCUUCUCACCGAGUGUCACCUUGGAUCAGGAAAUGGUAAGGAGGGGUACUUUGGAGCUUUUUUGGAGGGUUUUUGUUUUGAAUUUGUUCAAAUAAUUCUGAACCUCAUAACACUGAAAAUUUGCUUUGAGAGGGGCACUGAAUUAUUUGAACAAUCUUAUUUUUUUGGUUUUAAUUUUUUUUUAAUUAAAAUUUCAAGCUUCAAUUAGCUUACUAUACAAUAAAAUUUUAGGUCCGAUCAAUGUCAUCCUCAACAAGAAUAAUCCGCCCAUCCUCAACGAAUUCGGCGCCUUUGUUCACAAAAAUUUGCUCAAUGUUAAGAUGGGAGAUGAGUGAUAUGAUGGACUUUGUCGUCCUAGGAGUCGGGUCUUUAAAUCCGAUUUGCUUUGAAUAUCUACUAGAUGAAAUGAACAACAGAGCCAUCCUAAGAGAAGCUCAAGAGAAGAAAGUCAGGUCAAGAAACAAGAGAAGAGAGCUACUGAGGCUACAGCUGCUUCGUAUUCUGGAAGUGGCCGUAUUCCGAGGACUUUUGGUCUAUGGAACGGUGGUGGAUGCACAGUCAGGUCAAUUGUCAAGUGUUUUGAUAAAGCUGAUUGAGAGUUUGAGGGAGAAUGUGGUUUCGGAGGUGGUAAGUCAUGUUUCUGGUGAUUUUGGUAGUGUAAGGUAAUAAACAUCGUGUUUUUGAUAGUAAAAUGGUCUUGAUUAAAAAAAAUUUCAGGAACGUGAUAUAACAGUCCUAACCUCUCUACGCCUUCAUUUUGCCAAAACCCUAACACUAAUAGUCAACACUCUACCCAUCGACAGAAGAAAGAAUUUAUUACCAGAUGAUUUGAAGCGAGAACUAGUCCAGACCAUGUUCAGAUGGUGUGGAAGGACGAUAACGACCAGUGAAAAGACAAUCGUCGAAAAAGAAGUUGGUACAUUUGUGGAACAACAAUCAGUUAGUGCUUUGUGUGCACUACUGUGCUGUGGACCGAUUCUGAACGAAAAGAAUGAUGAAGAGUAUUCGUUUAGGUAGGAAAUUAUAACAGAAAUGAAGUUUUGUUGAAACUUUUGGUUUUUUCUCUACUCAACGUCUUAUAACUAAACCCUAUCGUACAUUACUUUCUUUUAUCUUGUUUUACCAUACUCUUAUAUUCUACAACUACGCUUUUCUAUAUUAUUCUAUUUUAGCUUACUUUUCCUGUCUUACUCAUAACUAACUUAUUCAAUUUUACACUUCAGUCAUCUCUAUCUUACUCUACUUUAUUUUACUUGACCCUGCCCUACUAAUCACUACCUUAUUCUACGUUACCUUAUCCUAGUCAUCAUUACCUUACUCUAUCUUACUUUGUCUCACCCUCGCGACCUUAUUGUAUUUUAUCCCUUCGCAGAUACUCUUAUAUUAUUCUACUUUAUCGAACUUACUCGUCGUUAUCUUACUAUACCUUACCCUACUCUACCCAUCACUAUCUUACUCCUCUUCUUUUACUCUACCUUACAUUGUUCUCAUCACCACUACCUUAUUCUAUUAGCAAAAUUUCGAUUGGGUCGGGCCUGAAAAAUGGGCUCGGCUCGGCCACCCAUCACAACUUUUUUCUACUGUGCCCCACAAUAUUUUAUCCUAUGCUAAAUCACUCUGCCUUGUCCUAAUUUACUAUGGAUUUUUUUUAUUUUAGAAUGCUAGACGCCUUGCUGAUCUCUUCAAAUCAGACUGUAUGCAACCUGUUUGAUGACACAUUAGCGACGAUCUUGCAUCUGAACGACCAGUCGAACAAUCUUUUUGAAUGGGCGGUGAACAUGUGUUACAGUAAGAACAGUACAACGGCUUCAAAAGCUUUCAAGGCAUUGAUCCUACUGUUUUCAAGAAGGUGAGUUUGAUUUUGUUAUCUCAAAUUUUAUUUUUUUGGAAAGAAUGUUCUUGUCAUUUUUUGUUUUGGAAAAAAGUUCUUGUUAUUUUAUGUUUUGUAAAGAAAAUUCUUGCCGUUUUAUGCUUUGUAAAGAAAGUUAUUGCUUUUUUUACUUAAAACAUUUGGUCAUGUAAAAUUUUAAUUUUCAGAGAAUUUGCCUGCGACUUUGUCACUCUCUUUGUUCUGUGCCAAGUCUAUGCUCUGGAUUCAGAUGCUUCGGUACAAACUUCUGCCAUCUUACUUUUACAAAUUCUACGUCGACAAGGCCUAGACUACGCUUUCGCUACAGAACAAAACGAAAGUCUUUUGAAUGACAGUGGGAACCCAAUCACAAUGGGAGCAUCGGCCAAGUUCUUGGCCGGAAUCGAUGACAAAACCCCAAACCCAGAUGACAUUUUCCCAAUCAACUAUGCCACAAUCCUACAGCAACUCUCCGAGAAGUACCCCAAAGUCACCAUGUCAAUAUUCUCGGAGAUCUGCAGUAGAUUAGAGAAUGCCAAAAGUAAUCGACAAGCUGCCAUGUUAAGCAUUCUACUACAUUGGGUAUCGAACAUUGAAUUGGUUGACCCGUACUGUGAUUUCCAUGAAGUAGAUGAAGGUGAAGAAGUAGAGAAGGAAAGAGGAACUGGUUGGGGAUCUGCCGAAGCAACACAACUGCUACUGAACAAUCUCGUCUAUAUCACGGUAAAACACAGCUCAGAACAUAGUGGAGAGAUCGCAGCUUUAUGGAAAUGUAUCGCUGUUUCGUACGAAGCUAACCUUGGAAUUAUAUUACACUUCUUGUUUGUCAUGGUAUCCUUGGCUCCAGACUUCUUCAUUCCUGUAGCCAAGAGGAUUGCAGAACAUUUACUGAAUGCUACUGGAAACAGAGUGGUGACUUUGUUGAUUGAUCAACUGAACAAUGGGGGAGAUACCUUCAAAAUGCAUCUGGUCAGAAGCGAAAUCCCACCUUAUUUUAGGUAAUAUUUUUUUCUUUUUACUAGCUUGUUCGAAUAAUUCUGUGCUUCCUCUUAAAGCAAAAGAUAAGAUAUAAAAAAAAUUUUUCUAGAUGGAACAGCCCAACCACGGAUGAAGACGAAAAAAUUCGCGACCGUGACGACGAAAAAGAAGGCACAGAAGACACAGUGAAGCAGGUCGAAGUGACCGAUACCAUAAUAUCAAAAGAACCCCAAUUCAACGAAGAAUCAUUCGAAAAAGAAGAACCUCAAAACACAUCAAUACCUUUUUCAAUGGACGACAAGAAAAACCAUGUAAAACAACUGCCAAUGCCAGCAUACGGUGGGCAUUACUCCAGUUUGGCCGCCUUUCUACCACCAACCACACAACCAAUCAGCUACUUUUCGAAAUCGAAUUUGGCACUAAUAUUACUGAGUGAAUUGAUUGGAUCAGAUUUCGAAAAAGCUGUAAAUUGGUUCGAGUACACGCCGAUGUUGCUGAACAUUGCCGUUACCUCGCUGGAUUCGCUGAGAUCAUUGGUUUGUCGCCAUUCUAGAUUUGCAAUUCUGAGGCUUUGUUUGAUGAAUAUGAAGCCGUCGGUCAAUACCUGGCAGGUGGCCAGCCUUUUGUUGAGUAAUCAGGUAUAAAAGGUUUUGAAAUAUUGUUUUAGAUACUUCUUUAUAAUAUUGGCUUAGAUUUUUGAAUUACUUUCAAUAAAAAUUGAAAAUUCUUUUAGAUAGCAGCACGACAAAACGAUCUCUUCGACGGCUUCACGAAACCAUUUAUCGACGGAAAAACAGCUUUAAGUUCGACCGCAGAGACUGUCGAGCCGUUUUCAGAACAAAAACAAGACGAUUACAAGCGACAGCUCUUUUUGGACAAUGCGUUAUUCUCAUCUUCUACUGAACUACUAUUGGCUUUGUCAUCUUGUCUUACUGAUAAGUAGGUUUGCUUACUAUUAGGUUGUUCAAGUAAUUAUGUGCCUAUUCUAUGAAGAAAUUUGAACAACCUCUAACUAAUAGGGCGUUUAAAUCGUUUUGAAAUUUCAGAAUGGACCGCCCCCUCUGGGCAUACGAAGAAAUCAGCACCAGGAACUGGCACAUUGAUUCCGCAGAUCAACUCGGUUGCUUCUGCCGCCAUCUAGCCGAAUAUUUCAUAGAAUCCAUCCCCAAAAUCGCCUACGAAUGGACCUCAAUCUCACUGAAAGUCGCUCUAACAACAACAAAUCGCCACGUCGCAGGUCGAUGCUUCCAAAUUGCCGGUGCUCUCUGCCAAUCUUUAGCACCAUUCCUAUCCCAAAUCCUGUCCAGGUUGGCAGAAUUGGUGGGCGAAAGCUCAGAAGACGCACAAUCAUAUCUCACACACAUGCUGCUGUGUCUACAUUCAAGUAUUCCUAGCAUAAUACAAAAGAGCUCGAAUCCAACGGUUAUGGAUGUGGAGUUGAAGGCAUUGUCACCAAUACCAUCAACUCAUAACAGAUCGGUUUCUCACACACCAGGAUUGUUGCAGAGGCCACAGACGGCUGGGGUAAGGGGAUAUUGAUAUGGGCUAUGUUUGAUUAUGUAAAAGUGUAAAAGUUUUGUUUUAGAUAGCAUAAAACAUCAUAUUUUUGAUAAUAUAAGGGUACUUAAAGGUCAUUUUGUCGUGUUUUGAGAGUAUAUAACACUGUAUAACACUAUAUAACACAUGAAAAGACGAUUAUUUACAUAAAACAUAAUAUUUGAACCUGAUAAAAUAAGAAACAAACUAUUUGUUUUAGGUAUAAACCACUAAUUUUUCAAAUUUCAGUCCCCAGACAAGCGCCCUCUAAGCCCAAACCAAUCUCCAGUGCAACAUCCCAACCUCCAGAACACCAAGAAGGAUACAAGACACUCUUUACUAAUCGAAAACGAUGCCAUAAUCGACCCACUUCCAACUAUAACAAGAUGCAAAUCCGCCCAAAUGCUAGCCUCCACCUCAGGCGGCCUAAAAGACGAAGCAAUCCAAGCUCUAACCCAAAUUGUCAGCAUCAGCGUCUGCAUGCUGGAAUCACAAAUUGAUAACGAAUACUUACUAGCAUUGCACCUGCUUAAACGUAUCUUCGAAUGUACUCAAAGCAACGCCAAAGAAGUUAUUGAUCACUUUGAGAGCACGGUGAAGCAACUGAACUGGAAAGACUUUAAUGGUGUCGUUUCGUUAUCAACCAAAGCCAUAAUGCAUCCAUUAGGCUAUGAAGAUAGUAUCUACAUACUGACAAAGUCUAUGGAUUACCUAGAACAUACGGUGAUCGGAGGAAAACAGCUCUUACCAUUAAUUGUGGUCAGUAGCUUACCGUAUUGUUUACUACACUUUGAUUCGACGACGGAGACGAGUGUGUUGCUGUGUAGAGAGAUUGCGGCCUACAGUCAAAAGACGAUACCGAAGGAUGAAGAAGAAGGCAGUGAAGUUGAACAUUCGCUUCAAAAUUUGAUUACUGUAAGUUAAAGGGAUAAACUGGCUCUUAAAUAGGAUAUUGUAGUAGGCAAAGCCUUGGAAAGAUUUUUUUUGGAAAAUAAACUUGAAAUGGAUAUUAUAGUAGAUUAAACAAUGAAAAAUAUUUUUUGGACAAAAAAUUUAUAUUAUAGUAGGCUAAAUUACGAAAAAAAGCUUUUUCUAUGCAAGAUAACAUUAAAAAGUGAAUAUGAAUAAGAAAACAUAUUAUCAUCCAUCCUUUUCAGAUGCUAAACCAAUACUGUGAAGGCACGUUUGCCCGCGAUCGCCUUCAGUGGGCCAAGUGUGUCAUCAACUACACGAUCGAAGGCUUCAAACCCGACCUGUCACAACUCAUUGUAUACCUUACUGAAUGCCUGGACAAGUGUCAAGUGGCUCUACACUUCUACCUCCUCAACCUGAUCCAUCUAAUCAUUACUCAUGGCGAUUGGACCAACGUAUCACCCCUGCCACUAAACGCACAUGUCAUUCGAGUUGUGACAAAACAUUUACAGACAGUAAAUUGGCGAGAGGCAGGAAGAGUAAUCAAAGCCAUACUAGACCAAUGGAACCGAAUCAGUGUGAACAGUAUCAACGAGAUGGAAGUGAACACGGAUCAAAGAAAGCCCGACUUUGAUAUCUACAUCGACCGACCAGUACCCAACGAACCAUCAAUCGUAUCACCACAAAGCCCAAGGAAACUAGCACCACAACCAUCGACCGGCAAUGCCGACAGCCUCAAACGACAACAGAAUUCAACUCAAACCAAAGUCAGAGAACGACUGAUAAGCUUAAUGACGGCCUCCGGUCUUCCAGUUGGUCUACCAAGAUCAUCAAGUGUAAUAUUCUCCCAAUCCUCGAGUGAUAUUCAUCAUGACGACAAUCCAAGACCCUCAAACAUGCCAACAAGGGCUUCGAACUCACAAUAUUCAUCUUCUGAGCUGAUCUCUCAUCCGGACGAAUUGGAAGCGAUGUCAGGUUCAAGUAUGGCCAAUGCUGGAAAUGAGAGCAUUACCACCGACUCGUUCCCCAGAGUCUUCAAGGAGUUUGACUUUUUGGAGGUAAGGAAGGGUAUUUGGAGACGAAAUUGUUGUCGAGGAGGUUUUUGUAGAUGUUGAAGGAUAAAACAAUGUUGAUUUAUUACCUAAAGUCAAAGAAAAUAUAGAAAAAAAACAUACCUUUUGAUAUUAUCCAUGAUAGAAUCUUCCACUUUUAUACCAAAAACAACCAAAUUUCAGGCCGAACACGACACGAUCUCCGAAUCCAACGACAGUUGCUUCAACUACCUCUCCACGAUGCGGCCCCAACACCGAAUGCAAGGCCAUGUGGAGCCUGAAGAAGCGGAAAACGAGGCCGAUAACGACGAAGAUUACCUGAACCCGAACGACGAUGAAGAAUAUGAAGAAGACGAUGAGCUGGAAAUGUCCGGAAGUGGAAUAUCCUCGAAUAUCACUGUCAGCUCGCGAGGCAACAUUGUCCGACAGUUUGGGCCGAAAGGAAGAAGGAGAAUUCAACGGAAUGCGGCCGCGCAACGGUUGACACGACCGUUGAGUGGAGGUAAGAGAAUAUAAACAGCGAUAUUGAGGAUGGAAGUGUUAUCAUUGAAAAAGAAGUUUAAAGUAGAAAAAUAACAUAACAGACUAAAAAAUAUUAUCAAAAUUCAUAAAAUUAGAAGUUUUUUGGCUAAAAUUGUCAAAAAAGACGUUAUGCCAAGGAUUCAAAUGCUUGAAAGUUUUCGUGGUGGGAUUUAAAUUGAAGAUUUUUUUUGAUAUUUUGAUGCAAUAUGCUAAUUUAUAACCUCUUUGUGCUUUAUCUUUGUAAAAUUGUAAGGUUUUUGUUUGUUUAAUGUUUUCGUGGUGGGACCUAAAACUUACCUUCGUGAAUUUGAAAAUUUGAUAAUACAACGACUUUUAGUUGUUUCUUAUGACUAAAACCAAUCAUUUUGUUUAUUUUAACAUACUUCCAGCAUCCGAUUCCAACGACGUAUCAUCAGACCGAACUCCAGUCCAAUCCGUCAAACACAGCGACGCUUCCAUAUCCUCAUCAGAUUCCAGUGACGAUGAACUCGAAGACGACGACGAAUUCCCUACAGAAACAAACCCAACCUUCUCAUACUACAGCUCAACUCACGAACCCACAACUUCAAUCGCAUCAGCAAGACAAAUGUCUUAUCAAAGUCCAAUCGAAACGAAUUCAACUACGUCGUUCCAAAUCGCUGAUGACACUACAGCAAUGAUGGAAACGGCUUCAUCAGUUCAUUGUAGAUCAGAAUAUUCGUCAAGUCAACAGGUCUCGGAUACGAUCAUGAGUAGGCAAUGUAAAUUCUACUUGGAGUGCAAUCAUCAUAUCAGUGGAUUGGUAAGGGUGUCUUUAUAAAACGCUAUUUUUUGAAAAUGGGUUUUAUUUUGAAAAAUUUGGUACAUAUGUCUUGAAGGGGACAGAAUGUUGUAUAUACUCAUAGAGUGCCAUUUUGGUGUAUUGAUUGGUAACAGAAAAAAGUUUAAUUGAAACUGGCAAAAACACUGAAAAAGGCCUUUUUCGGUCAAAAAUUGAGAUUUUUAGGCUUUCGUAGCGUGUAAAAAUUUUUGUAACCGUACUACUUUGACAAAACUGAAGUAACAGACUCAUAAUGUUAUUUUCUUUUUGAAUAUAUUAACUUAACUUUUGUAAAUUUACUAAAAACUUUCUUUCAGAACGAAAAACAAUGGCUAACCUUGUCGUCGGAAGUGAUCGGUGACCAAAGCGGUGAUAUGACAGCGAACUCGAUCUUAGUAUUCAGUCAAUUACUAAGGGAAAACAGUGUACGACUAGCGAGUUUACUGAGGGAUGCAGCACACAUGUUAUCAUCAACUGUGGCAGUAUCCACGGAUCGGCCAGUACGAGAUGUGUCGGCUUACUUUAAUCAUGCUCUGAAUGCCAUUUUGAAGCUUGGAGACUUUCCAUUCAUCUUUACUACUCCUCAUUUUGUAAGUUGUUGGGUUUUAUAUUGUACUUUAAGGGCUAGCGAAGGGUAGGGUAGGGUUUUGAUAUACAUGUACUUAUAUGAUAUAAGCAGUUUGAUACUUUAUAUGAUUCAAGAUAACAUUGAAAUGAUUUAAAAUUUCAGCUCCGAGCCACAAAUCUCCUCCAAAGCCAACAAGACAUGAUCUACUUCCUCCACCAACACUUUGAGACCUUCACCGAGAAACGAGAACAAUGUAUUAGAGCGUUAAAUCAGAUGAGAGCAGCAUUGAAGCUGCAAAGUCUAGGCUCACAACGAGAAAAUAUCAACAAUCAAGAGGCGGAACUCUGCAAAUGUUUCGAGAGAUUGUUCUUCCAACUUUUGAGUAUCUUGGAGAGAUUCAAAGGCAUUGUUGGACUGAUCAGGGAUUCACCAAACUCUGAUGUAUGUUUUUUGGGUAUAUAUUCAUUAAUAAUUUCAAUUUUCAUGACAUUAUGUUGUUAUGGCUUUUUUGCUAAAAUUUUACAAUUUUGGCUUGUUUUUAAUGUUUUUCCUCACUUUUUCGCAAAUUUUUGAUUUUUUAGGAAUUUGAUUUAUCCCCAGCAGUCCUCCGCUUACACCACGAUCUCCUAGAGUCGGUAAGCGAUGUUCCACUUGGCGAUGCUCGAACAUCAACCACUUCUUUGAACAUACCACUAAAUGAACAACUAAUCGACAAGCUUUUCCUUCAUUUGACUAACAAAAACUACAAAAGUGCUUUGGUGACUUUGCGUCAGUUGAGGUAGGUCAUAAAGAAAUUAAAAUUUUUUAUUAAUAUUAUGGUAUUUAGUAGUUUCUGUACUUAAAAACUUUCUAUUUUUAUCUUUUUUAUGGUAUAAAGCAGUACAUGUUAUAGUAUUUAUCAUUUUAUGUACAUACCCUUCUAUUUUCACGUUUCAGAAGUCAAUACGGAAGUGAAUUUGGCUGCUGCGAUCACAUGGACGUGGACGUCCUUCUAGUCCAGUUUUGUCGCUCUCACCGCCUCAGAACUUGGGCUUUGAUUGGGUCUUUAGACUCAUUAAGUCAAGGAUCAGACUUACUGAAAGAGACUAGUAUGCAAAUGAGUGCUUUGGUUCGAUCCAUGGAGCGAGAUUCGUCAGUACGAUCAUCAAGAGUAGGCUCCGUCGCUGAACCACCGCAUUUCAACACGAAUUGA